AUGGCCCUCUCGCCACAAGCAUACGCAUUUUUCCACCCUCAAAACACGCAACAGCCGAGCAUGAGCCCCCCGUGUCAUUCAUCAGAUUGCUCGUCAUUGGUUGUUUCUGCAACGGUGAAAUCUACUCCAGCGUUCGAAAGCGUAGUAUCAGGUGGGAAUCGAUUAGAAACCAGUUGUCUUGCUGGGAUUCCAUUCAGUUUUUGGUUCACAAGUCUCGUAAUGAUGGGGAUUUUACUAUGUUGUGGUCCUAACUUGCACCGAGCUAAUCCCGAGCAGCCAGAGGCAUGGAAUGUCUAUAGCAGCUAA